AUGACGACUAAAUCUGGAAAUGACGUCAUCGUCACACAGGAAGUGUUCGUCCGUCGUCGACUUGGGCUGCCUAGUGGGAUAUCCUUCAUAGUGGGGACGAUCAUUGGGUCUGGGAUCUUCAUAUCCCCCAAGGGUGUGUUACUGGGAACAGGCUCUGUUGGACUUUGUCUAGUAGCGUGGGCAGUAUCUGCAGCAUUAUCACUCUGUGGAGCGUUAGUAAUGGCGGAGCUUGGCCUUCUUCUACCACAAUCAGGUGGUCCAUACAUCUACUUAAAUAGAGCUUUUGGGAGCUUCCCAGCUUUUCUUUUUGUAUGGGUGAGCUCGGUGGUAAUUCAUCCUGCUUCGUUACUCGUCAAAAGCCUGACUGUGGCCGAGUACAUAGCUCAGAUAGCCAUGGACGACUGCCAAAGAACCCAAGGGUGGACCAAACUAAUGGCAGCCAUCAUCAUUGUUAGUGUGACCACUGUCAAUGUUGCGAGUGUGCAGUUGGCGGCGCGGACGCAGGUGCUGUUCUCCGUCAUCAAAGUAGGCGGGUUAAUGGUGAUUAUCGGCGGAGGAAUAUAUCAACUAGCAGUAGGAAAUUCAGGCAUACUUGGCACAGGCUUUAAAGGAUCCUCAACAGAACUAAGCGGUUUUGCUGCGGCACUAUACAGCGGUUUGUGGGCCUACGGUGGAUGGGGAAAUCUUAAUUAUGCUGUAGAAGAAUUGAAAAAACCAAAUAGGAACCUACCGUUAUCGAUCGGCCUGUCCAUGCUGAUUGUGGUCUUCAUUUAUAUGCUUGUCAAUGUAUCCUACUUUACACUGCUGACCAAAGAGGAGUUUCUAUCGUCCUGGGCUGUUGGUGUGACUUGGGCAGAGAAGAUGUUUGGGAGAGAUGGUGCCAUUUUUGUUCCCAUAAUUGUGGCCUGCUCAGUGUUUGGAUCAGCAAAUGGCGGUGCUUUUGUGGGUUCAAGGGUGAUUUUUGCUGCAGCCAGGGACCAGAAUUUCCCGGAAGUGUUUUGCUACCUUAACGUCCAUUCUCUGAUCCCGAUCCCUUCAGUCAUCUUCAUGACUUUGAUGGCACUGCUGUACCUUGUCCUGCCUGGUAAUGUUGGGUCUAUGAUUAACCUGACUGGUUUCAUAGCCUGGGGCACUUGGGGUCUGGUAAUGGCGGCCCACAUCGUUUUCAAGUUCAAGGGAGACACAAAGGACAUUCCACGACUCGUCAGGGAAUCUUGUAUGGCUUUCUCCAGCUAUUUUUAGAAGUUUCACCUCC